UCUCGGAUUCAUGUUUCACCUCUUCCUCGCUUCCUCCAGCUGCUGAACUGUGUUUAGUGCAGCCAAACUGCAGCUUAGUUGUCCUUCUUUCCGGCUGCUAGUAAUUCAACACAGCGCAGCAGAAAAUGACCUCUCUGUCUAGAACCUAAGACAAUUUUUGUCCCGAACUGUGUGUACCCGCCAGUAGAAGAAGUGAGACCUUCACUUGUCAGCAUGAGAAGUAGGAGCAACUCUGGCGUUAAAUUGGACAACUAUGCCCGGGUAGUGCAGCAAACUAUCCUGCAGCACCAAGAUCCGGUGACGGGUCUUCUGCCAGGCAGCACCGACCAGCCGGAUGCCUGGGUCAGAGACAAUGUGUACAGCAUUGUGUCCGUGUGGGCCCUCAGCCUGGCCUACAGGAAGAACGCAGACAGAGACGAAGACAAGGCCAAGGCCUAUGAGCUGGAACAGAGCGUGGUCAAGCUGAUGAGAGGUGUUCUCCAGUGUAUAAUGAGGCAGCUGGACAAAGUGGAGAAGUUUAAAUACAGCCGGAGCACCAAAGACUCGCUCCACGCCAAGUACAACACCAGGACCUGCGCCACCGUCGUCGGCGACGACCAGUGGGGCCACCUGCAGGUGGACGCCACCUCUCUGUUCCUGCUCUUCCUCGCUCAGAUGACUGCAUCAGGUCUCCACAUCAUCUACACCCAAGACGAAGUGGAUGUUGUUCAGAAUCUCAUGUUCUACAUCGAGGCAGCUUACAAAGUGGCUGAUUAUGGGAUGUGGGAGAGAGGAGACAAAACCAACCAGGGCAUCACAGAGAUCAAUGCCAGCUCCAUAGGCACGGCUAAGGCAGCUUUGGAGGCUCUGGAUGAGCUCAACCUGUUUGGAGCAAAAGGAGGGCCUGGAUCUGUGGUCCAUGCGCUGGCCGAUGACAUACAGCACUGUCAGUCUAUUCUGACGUCAAUGUUGCCCAGAGCGUCCAUCUCUAAAGAGGUGGACGCUGGAGUCCUGGCCAUCAUCACCUACCCCGCCUUUGCUGUGGAGGACAUGAGCAUAGUGAACAUGACCAAGGAGGAGAUCAUCUCUAAACUGCAGGGUCGAUACGGCUGCUGCAGGUUUCUCAGAGACGGCCACAAAACUCCCCGAGAGGAUCCAAACCGGCUGUAUUACGAGUCGGCUGAGCUGAAGCUGUUUGAGAACAUAGAGUGCGAGUGGCCUCUGUUUUGGACGUAUCUCAUACUCGACGGCAUUUUUAGCAACAGUUAUGAGCAGGUGCAGGAGUACCAGGAGGCGCUGGAGGCGAUCCUGAUCAAACAGAAAGACGGGAUCUGGCUGCUCCCAGAACUCUACAGUGUCCCUCCAGAUAAGGCGGAAGAGGAGUACGUGAACCCUCACUCAGUAGAAAGGAUCCCAAUGGGGAAGUGUCCUCUAAAAUGGGGUCAAUCAUUGUACAUCCUUGGAAAACUCCUCUCUGAGGGUUUUCUCGCCCCGGGAGAGAUCGAUCCCCUUAACAGACGGUUCUCCACGAUCCCUAAGCCUGAUGUAGUUGUACAGGUGUCCAUUUUGGCUGAGACAGAUGAGAUUAAGGCGCUGCUGAUGAAGAACGGUAUAAACGUGGAGACCGUGGCGGAUAUCCAUCCCAUCCAUGUUCAGCCCUCCAGAGUCCUGAGUCACAUCUAUGCCAGACUCGGCCGUAACCCGAGGCUCGGCCUGACAGGAAGACCCUACAGAAGAAUAGGAGUUCUGGGAACCUCCAAGUUCUACAUCAUUAGAAACACAAUCUUUGCUUUCACUCCUCAGUUUAUUGACCACCAGCAGUUCUACUUGGCUCUGGACAACAAGAUGAUCGUGGAGAUGCUGAGGAACGAGAUCGCCUACCUCGCAUCCAGAUGGAGGAUAACCGGACGACCGACGGUCACCUUCCCCAUCUCACAGACUAUGCUGACUGAAGACCGCACUGACCUGGACCCUGCAGUCAUAGCUACGCUAAAGAAGCUACAGGAUGGAUAUUAUGGAGGAGCAAGGACCCAGACGGGAAAGCUGUCGGAGUUCCUGACUACUUCCUGCUGCGCUCACCUCAGCUUCCUCGACGGUAAGGGUUCCGGCAGCAUGGGCCGGCACAUCGACCAGUAUGAUGAUGAUGAUGAUGAUGAUGACGGCGAUGGAUACAUGCAUGAAUUACGUUGUGAUGAUGAAGCGGACGACCUCGCCCAGUAUCUGGACCACCUGUUGGCUCACUCUUCCCCCAAGAAGUCUAAGCAUCAGGCAGGAGGCCUGGGCAGGUUCAAGGCGGCGGCCACCAAGACCAAAGAGAUGGUUUCUCUGAUGAACAAGGCUCAGGAUCUGAACAUACACAACGUCAACAUGUACCUACCGAGCAAGCUGUUUCGUUCUUGUCAGCCGUCACUCAACCUGAAUCUCCCAGACCCUUCUGAGCAGCAGGAAACGCAGAGCUCGGCGGUGUCGAUCUCAGUGGAGAGCGGCAUCCCCAGAGACGAAAGCGGAGCCGUCGACUACGAUGCUCUGGUGCAGCUGCUGCGGGACACGAAAAACCUCCAGGACCAGGCAGACAUCCUUUACAUCCUUUUCAAAGACAAGGGUAUGGAGUGGGACACCCAGCUGCAAGGCAAAGGCUUCACAGUCAGAUCUCUGCUGAGCGAGCUUUAUGAGAAGGCUGGUGACCUCAAACACUGGGGCCUCAUCAGGAUGAUCUCUGGGAUGCUGAAGAAGAAGGUGGAGGAGCUCGACUCGGCGUGCUCUGACCUGCUGGCGCACCAGAAGCACCUGACCGUGGGACUUCCUCCUGAGCCGAGAGAGAAGACCAUCACGGCCCCCAUCCCUCCAGACCAGCUGGCCGCUCUCAUCGACGAGGCCAGCGACAACAACAUCAGCGUGGCCAUCCUCACCCAGGAGAUCAUGGUGUACCUGGCGAUGAGCAUCAAGACUCAGCCGUCUCUGUUCAGCGAGAUGUUCCGGCUGCGAAUCGGCCUCAUUAUUCAGGUCAUGGCCACCGAAUUGGCUCAGUCACUCAGCUGCUCAGGAGAGGAAGCCACAGAGAGCCUGAUGAGUCUCAGCCCGUCUGAGCUGAAGAAUCUGCUGCACCACAUCCUGAGUGGGAAAGAGUUCGGAGUGCAGCGCAGCGUAAGGGAGGCAGACGUCGGUGUCAGUUCUGCCAUCUCCAUCCAUCACCUAGGCAACACCGGCGCCACCAAGAGUGAGAGAGCGGGCAUCAGUAAACUGAAGAGCGACAUGAAAAUGCUCGACCAGCCUGUGACGCCCACCGAGAAGGGUGUCCGAGCUCAGUCAGUGGACGUAGAAAGCAUCGAAUCUGGGCGGUACAGACUACCCUCUGUAGAGUCCAUUGACAUUCCGGACAGCUUCCCCGUUUCCAAGGACACCAGACAUGGCCAGUGGCUGCGCAGGAGGCGGCUGGACGGAGCGCUGAACAGGGUCCCCGUUGGCUUCUACCAGAAAGUGUGGAAGAUCCUGCAGAAGUGCCAUGGUCUGUCCAUAGAGGGCUUUGUCCUUCCAUCUUCAACCACCAGAGAGAUGACCCCUGGAGAGAUUAAGUUCUCCGUCCACGUGGAGACGGUGCUGAACCGUGUCCCCCAGCCCGAGUACCGGCAGCUGCUGGUGGAGGCCAUCCUGGUCCUCACCAUGCUGGCCGACGUGGACAUCCCCAGCAUCGGCUCCAUCGUUCACGUGGAGAGGAUCGUCCACCAGGCCAACGACAUGUUCUACAAAGAUCAGAAGGACCUGGGAGCGGAAGACCACAUCCUGGAGAAGGACCCGUCCACAGGGGUGUGCAAGCUGUUGUACGACAGCGCUCCCAGUGGCCGCUUUGGGAGCAUGACCUACCUCACUAAGGCAGUGGCGGCGUAUGUGCAGGACUUCCUGCCCAGCGGGGCGUGUGCGGUGCAAUGAUGGUCUACAAGAAAACGAUGUGGUGUGCUUUAUAGAAUAGUAAUAAAUUAACAGAAUGGUGAGAUGCCAUGAGGUCAGAGUGUUAAAGCAGAGAGUGUGCUACUGUUUUUAUUAGGCUGUAGACCACAGGUGGCAAGAGCCGGUGUCCUGCAACUUUUAGAUGUGCCUCUGCUGCACCACACCUGAAUAGAAUAAUUAGGUUGUUGGCAAGGCUC